GCGUUCAAGUGAGGAUUAGUUGGAGUGCGGUUUCACCUAUGUGUGCUGCGGACUCAGGUUAAAUAGCUUGGUUACACGUAAAAUAGGCUACCGGCGCGUACUGAGACGAAAGCGGGGAAUUGUAAAGCUGUAAGCCACAGCGACUCGGUUAUUCGUCCCCGAGAGGGCAUACGAGUGUGUGUUUGGUUAAACCUGCUGGUCGACGUCGCUCAAACUGCUGGGUGCUUUUUACCGUCCAACCGGAGGAGCCGUCCGACGGACAAGAAUGACGUCUGAUUAGUGACCCGUCCCUGGUAAAGAUGUUCUGGCAAAGGUCCUCUGUGUUUACGCUUCAUUCUACGGUUAUGGUUGCACCCAGUAAGCAGUCAGGAAUGUCCUCCUUCUCCUGCCUAUGACAUGGUUUAAUCCACGUAUGAUCCGGUCACCACGAUGGCCUCCAUGGUUGCCAAUGGAAACCAAGAUAGGCAGUCUCUGGUCUUGAAAGGGGUGGAUCCAGAGACCUGCAUGAUUGUGUUCAAGAACCACUGGGCUCAGGUGGUGAAGAUCCUAGAAAAGCAUGAUCCCCUGCGCAGCAGCUCCACGCUGCCCUCCCUGAGUGUGAUCAACCUCGGCGCUGGCUCUGGUGGCAGCCCUCGUUUUGGCCCCAUCCCCGGAGACGAGGCGAGCGGGGUGCAGAACUAUGUGGAGCACAUGCUGUUCCUGCUAAUAGAGGAGGAGAGCGGUCAGGCCGGCGCCAUGGGCCCCAUUCUGGAGUUUGUAGUGAUGGAGAACGUGAUGGAGCGCCUCUUUGUGUGGAGCCUCCGCAGGGAGUUCACAGACGACAUGAAGCUGGAGCAGCUAAAGAUGUACGAGAUGCUGGUGGGCCAGGCGCACCAGCCCCUGCUGCAUCACAAGCCCAUCCUGCGGCCGCUCAUGAUGCUGCUGUCGUCUUGCUCGGGCACCGUGGCGCCACAAGUCGAAAGCGAGCUGGUGCUGCUGCUCAACCAGCUGUGCUGCGUUCUGGCAAAGGACCCUUCAAUUCUGGAGCUGUUUUUCCACACCAGCGAGGAUCAGGGAGCCACCAACUUCCUCAUCUUCUCCCUGCUCAUCCCCUUCAUUCACAGGGAGGGCACAGUGGGCCAGCAAGCCAGAGAUGCACUGCUGCUCAUUAUGUCUUUGUCUGCUGAGAACCAGCGGGUGGCCAAACACAUCGCAGAGAGUACCUACUUCUGUCCGGUUCUGGCCACAGGCCUGAGCGGACUGUACUCCUCUCUGCCCCCCAAGCUGGAGGUUCCCAAUGAGGAGUGGCACUGCCUGCACAAAGAGGACUGGCUCCAGAUGCCAUCCCUCGUCCAGUUCCUCAACUCGCUCGAGUUCUGCAACGCUGUCAUUCAGGUGGCCCACCCUGAUAUCAGAGACCAGCUAGUUAGCUACAUCUACAACGGAUUCCUCGUGCCUGUCCUAGCACCAGCUCUUCACAAGUUGACCCUAGAAGAGGUGAUGACAACCACAGCAUACCUUGACCUCUUCCUGAGGACUGUGUCUGAGCCGGCCCUGCUGCAGACUUUCCUCUCCUUCAUCCUCCUCCACCGACAUGACAGCGUCCACAUUUUAGAUACUCUAGUCAGCCGCAUUAACACUCCCUUCCAGUUGGGCACUGUGUCACUGGCCCUUUUCCACACUCUCAUUGGCUUAUACUGUGAAGAUGUGAUGCUACAGCUCAUACUGAGGUACCUGAUCCCAUGUAAUCACAUGAUGUUGAGUCAGAGACGUGUUGUAGGGGAGAGGGACUUAUACUCUGUGUCAGCAGCCAAGAUCCUGGCGCUAACACCGUCGUGCUGCUCUCCUGAUCACAGCCCCCCGCCCCUCCGACAGCUGGACUCCAUCCUCUUUUCCAAGGGCGCAGAGACGCCCAACAAAACCAGCACCACAGAGAAAAAUGAGAUUUUCUUAGAAGAGGAUGAUGGCUCAGGUAACUCCUGCACCAUCGGCUCAGAAUUCCACUUGGAUGUCAGUUAUCUUCAUUACCUCUAUGAUGCCCGUCUGAGCAUCAGCAGCUGCAUAAGGGCUUGCCAGGUCUGGUCAGCCCAGUACGACGGCGAGGACCCCCCUCCUGAGAAAUACCAGCCCGGCGUCCUUGAGGAGCCGGGGCUAAAAGGCGGGCUUACUCAGAUGGCUUUCAAGAGACUUCCACAGCCACAAGCAACACGCCCUCGACCCUGUCCAUCGCCAAAUACAGAGCGGCCUUCCAUCACCCAAAUGGAGCUGGAGUGGGACGACAGUUACGAUGCGUGCCCGGUGCAGACCGAUGAGGUUCCUGUGGAGAGUGAAUCUGCACAGCAGCCUCCUGCUGAGCUCCCAAAGCACAUCCAGGAGAUGAGGAAAACAGCCAUAAGGUUGGUAAAAGACUCAUAUAUUGAGGAAAGUGAGUUCCAGGACGACGUCAUGGUGUACAAUCUUGUCGCCAAGAAAGACACCAGAGACGUGCAACAAAACAGGCUCAAAUCCAAUGGGUCUGAUUCAGAAGAAGCCCGACCAAGCUCAGCAGACGUUCCCCUGCAGAACGGACUCAGUCAAACACUCCCUGCCUCUGUGAUGGCUGAUAAAGAUAGCUUGGACACAAAGAUUUUAGAUUUUAAUUCCCAUCUCCAGAUCCCCACAGCUGCUGAGACGGUUGAUGACCUUUUGGCUCAAUAUGACGAGCUCAUUCGUACUUUGGACACUGAAGCAGAUAAAAAACAGGUCAAACCUAAUACCGAGUUGAAGAUGCCUGUCACACCUGCAGAGGAGGAGGAGGAGGAUGAGAUGGAUUUUACCUCCUUCUCUGCUGAGACACCAGAGCCAGAGAAACUGCAAUCCCCAUUUGGGGCCAAGUUUGUCAGUGGGAGUGCAGGUAGAAGCCAUUCUGCACCUUUUACUGGUCCAUUUGUCAGUGUGCUGUUGUCUCGUCUGGAGAACAUGCUGUCUAACUCGCUUCCUGUCAACUUGUUGUUGACGGGCAUCCUGGCCCAGUUGGCGGCCUACCCUCAGCCCCUCCUGCGCGCCUUCCUCCUCAACACUAACCUGGUCUUUCAGCCGACUGUUCGCUCUCUUUACCAGGUACUGGCCAUCGUGAAGAACCAGAUAGAAGAGCAGACUGCCACCAGAAAAGACUUCCCAGAUCUGAUCACUGCCGCCCAACACUGGCUGCUGGCCAGGGAGACUUCAUUCGUAGCAGCAGAUGACAGCAGCAGCAGGCGCUCCAUGCACAGCGAGGUGGGCAGGAUGUUGAAGAGUUCGCCGCCACCAAAACCCAGAGCCAUCUCUCCGGAUAGGACCGAGGUCUUCGCUGCCGUCCUCUUCACCGAGUUUCUCAAAGAACUGGCUGCCAUUGCACAAGAGCACUCCAUCUUAUCACACAUUCCUCUGGAAGAUUGAACAUGUCCUGAGAGAGUCCAGUUUGACUCUGAAAGACUUUAAAAGACUCUCGUACUGAUGAUUUUCAAUUUGUUUGUCCUUUUUUCAGGCACUACUUGAUGAAGAAACGUCUCAGAUCCAGUGAUUUAUUUUAUUUUAUUUUUUUCCCCAAGCAAAGAUAAUUAAUUUCUUGUUCUUUUAAAUUAAAUUUGUCUAAUUCUGUAAAAUUCACUUUGGCAGCGAAGACGGAGGACCAGACUUUGUCCUGUUUGCUGAAAUCUGCACCAGCGGACAACGCUCCUUAGAGCGAGCUCCGGGUCCACCGAACCAAAGACUGUAGAGAGACGAUUUUAAGCAAUCAUCCGCCCGUUAUCACAACUCCAGGGCUCUGCCUUCUUUCUGAAGGUCUUCCCCAACCAGUUCCAACCACAGUGAAGAUGUCCCCUGCUCUCUGUGGUUGUGUUGAACACUCAGGUGGCCUCUCUGCAGAGUUGAUGCCUCUUUGCCAUAGGAUUACACACCGUGUCUAAGCACCGCGUGGACAUUUGAACAUUAACUGUUGUAGCCGACCCGCAGCAGGGCCGGCAUCAUCACGCAGCCACUUUGUUCCUAUGCAACUGUUACAUGACUACAUUUUUUUGAAGUUGGCUGAAACAGGUGGGUCACUUUUGUCUUUAAACUUUUUGGGGUGUUUCCACAAAAUCUUGUUGUGGUUGAUGUACAAUGUUUUGGUGUUUUUCUGUUGAUUCAUGACGGUACCUCAGGAGUCUUUUUAAUGCACAUUGUGUUCUCUCAGUUGCUAAACAGCCUCUGGGUGAAGCAGUUCUCCUAAGCACUAGUUCCUCACAUUAAUGGGCUCCACGUGUUCUCCAGACCAGAGCAGAACCACAAUCAAUCAUGCUAUAUAGAAUUUGCCUUAUUUUAGUGAUGCUUUAUGAUGUACAUAUUGUAAG